AUGUCGGCAGAGACCUCCUACUUCCCACACUUUCCCUCUAGCACCUCCAACACAACCACUACCAUGAGCGGCGCCGGACAGACGACCACACCGCCAACACCACCACAAGAGGCCCCACUAAGCCCGCCGUCAAGACCUGCCACAGCAGCCAGGACAGACCCCAACACGGUGGCCGAGGCACUAGAAGUCGCACGGGACAGCCCUGACGUAGCUCAGGACCCGGUGGUCAGCGGGAUCCUGGAGUCGGCGCUGUCGCAGAUCUGGGGCCGGGUCAUGAGUAGUCCUGAGAGCUAUGUCAUGACCACCGGCGAGUUUGCCGUGUUUAACUUCUAUCAGCAACGUACGACUGCCACCUCAACGGCAGCGAGCGUGAGCGCAAGCAGCACGGUUCUGGUGGAUUUCCAGGUCCACCAACCCGUACUGACCCCCGAGGGCGCGACCCUGGACAGCGGCGUGAGCAACGGCGAGGCGGGCGAAAUCGAGGAUUCUUGCCAGGUUGUGCUGAUGGACUACGUCUUUGCCUAUAGUUACGGCGAGCCGUACAUUGGCAUUUACACGCCUCCCGACUGUGAGUUCAACCGCGUGUCGAUCAACUUCACCGUCGUCUCUGAGGGCAGACAGUAUGACCGGCUGGCCCUCAUGUAUUUCAACGACACCGAGGUGUGGAGGACCUCGACUGCAGAGCCCACCACCGCCCCAGGGAUCCGCUGGACCUACCUCAAGGACAUGACCGAGUACCUGGCCCUCUGGCACGAGCCGCAGAAGCUCAUCUUCGACCUCGGCAACCUGAUCACCGACGUCUACACGGGCGACUACAACACCACCCUCGUCGCCACUUUCUUCUACGAUGAGACCGUCGAUGUCGAGACCGCCACGCCGGCCGACAUCAUCAUCCCCAUUUCGGCCCGCCAGUCCGCCUCGGACGGCGUAAGCCAGUUCACCCUUCCUGCCGACAACGCCACCAACACCAUUCCUUUCCCCCAGAACGCACGGCGCGCCGUCUUCUCCGUCAGCGCCAACGGCCAGAGCGACGAGGAAUUCUGGUGGAGCAACGUGCUUCAGUCUGAUGCCUCGGCCUUCGCCUCCACCGCAGGGACUUUCCCGGGCUACAGCCCCUGGCGCGAGGUCCAGGUCUUUAUUGACGGCCAGCUGGCCGGUGUCGACUGGCCCUUCCCCGUCGUCUUCACCGGCGGCGUAGUCCCAAGCCUGCACAGGCCCGUGGUCGGGCCCGAUGCCUUCGACCUCAAGGAGCAUGAGAUCGACAUCACCCCGUGGUUGGGCGUGCUGUGCGACGGGAACAACCACACCUUCACCAUUUACGUCGCAGGCCUGCUGGAUGAUGGCGCCACCGGCGCCACAGUGACCCAGACCGUCGGUAGCAGCUGGUACGUAACGGGCAAGAUCUUCGUUUGGCUCGACGACGAAGGCAGUGUGACUACGGGCUCUGCGCCCGUCAUCGAUGCCGCCGCGCCUCAGAUCUCCGUCUCUCAGAGCCUUACGCAGACCGUCGACGGCGUCAACGAGACACUCACGUAUGAUACCGAGGUGUCGCGCGUCUUCUCUGUCUCCGCCAAUAUCACCACAGCCCAGAACGGGUCCAGCACCGUCGGCUGGACGCAGAACCUCAGCUACAGCAACAAGGGGUACAUCUGGGCCGAGGGAUACAGCCAGAUCAACGACUUCCUGACGGUCGGGAGCGACGCCGCCGACACAUCGUCUUCUUCGGUCGCUGGCGCGGACUACAAGUAUCAGUACGAGUGGCCUCUCUGGUGCAACACCAGCGUCUCGUACUCGACCGAGGGCAACCUGACCAUCUUUGCGCAACUCAUCCAGGGCCAGCAAAUCUACGUUGAGGGCGCCGCGGUGUACCCUGACGGCCUGGAAGCCUUUGCCGUCGACGGGAAGAGCUACACCGGUUCGCUGGCUAACACGACCAAGAACGGCAUUGCGUACUACUUUGAGUACGCUGAUGACACUGUCAGCUCCGGAUAUGGCUCGACGGACCAGGUCUUCAACUUUGGCGGCUUCACCGGCUCAACUGGCGGGUCCAUCGAUGCCACGCCCGAUGAGCAGUUGUACUACAGACACGUCGAGGCCGCCAACUCCACCAUCACGUUCGACGUCCAGGAGCUGGCCUCGGCGAGUCCACCGAGAGAUGAGGGCGAGAUGAUGCAAUGGUAGUGGCGACUCCCUGAUGUCGGCGUGCUGGUCCGAAACUAAGGUUCAAAGCUUGGUACCACACGUACCUGCAUUUGGGGCAAGAAAAACGGUCUACCUGCUUUCACUCAACUUAAUGGUUCCUGCAAUUCUUGUACAUAAGCAUAUACGUGCAUACAUACUACCAACGCAUGAUCAGCCGUCAUUUGCGCACGAGUCUGGUGAUCUGCU